GAAGUGGGGAAGAGAACUGUCUUUCCCCAGUUUUGCCCUGUUGCCCAGUUCCCUCCAGUUCCCUCCACACUUGUCAACAAUAUGGCUUCGUAGACGAUGCACCGUCGUACUAGAUUCGCGUGACCAACUGACCAGAUGUUGCACGCGACAGCAAACGCGACGAGGGUCUCGCUGUGCGACAGUAUUCUCGCGGCCGAUAUAACCGCGAGUGAAAGCAAGAAGAACGAGAACGUGACGCGUAUAAGUUCCUAACCUGCGCGGACGAUGUGUUUUCCAGCGUCGUGCGGAGUCACCGCGACGUGAAUCCCUUUUCGUAGCUACACGUAUUACGUAAAUUCCUCGUCGAAUUGCCCCUUGCCUCUUGUGUCAUCGAGGAUCCCCGAAAUGGCGUGUCCAGUGGAACGACUCAGAAUCUUCUUCGUGACGUACAAUGUGGCUACGAAAUUCCCGGAUCCCAAUCAGGAUCUUCAUCAGCUCUUAGGCAUUAUACCUUGCGACAAGUCAAUGUUAUGGCCAGAUUUAUAUUUCGUCGGUUUACAAGAAGUUAAAUCACAACCACAAAAUAUAGUAUUAGACUAUAUACUGUUCGAGGAUCCAUGGACUAAAGCCUUCAGAGACGUGCUGAAGAAAUAUGAUUAUAUUAAAAUACGUUCACAACGAAUGCAGGGACUCGUUCUAAAUGCUUUUUGUCUGAGGAAGCACUUGACACGUUUAAGAUUGAUAGAAGCUCAAUACACUAAAACAGGUUUUGGUGGCAUGUGGGGAAACAAGGGUGCGGUGAGCAUAAGAAUGAACGCCUACGGAGUCAGCGUUUGCGUAGUAAAUACGCAUUUGACUCCCCAUGACCACUUGUUAGCUGAUAGAGUUGCGGAUUAUAAUACCAUUGUGACAGAUCAUACUUUCACUGCUCCAUACACAUCGAGGAUAUUAUAUCAUGACUAUAUAUUUUGGAUCGGUGAUUUGAACUUUCGGCUCAAUGGAGAGGAAUUAAGCGCUGCGGAUAUAAAUUUAUUAGUGAAGAAGGAGCAAUUAGAGGAACUUCUGAAAAGAGAUCAAUUGAGGGCAGUGAUGAAGGAACAACAGGCUUUUGCCGAAUUAAAUGAAAGUAGCAUCACAUUCCCGCCUACUUACAAAUAUGAAUUUGAAUCUCAGGAAUUUGAUCUCAGGCGUAGACCAUCGUGGACCGACAGAAUUUUAUACAAAGUAAAUGCGGCAGAUAUAUACGACGACAUAAAAAUUAACACUGUACAGCAUACUUACAAGAGUCAUCCCGAUUACAGUGUUUCGGAUCAUAAACCUGUAACUGGAGAGUUCGAUAUAGUGGUCAGACCUAAUGUAGAAGAUCAAAUUGUGGAAUUCCAAGACUGUACCGUAGAGGACAAUUUUAUAUCUUACAAAUUGCAGAGAGAUUUUGUCCCGAGUAAUGGGGAUUGGAUAGGUCUCUUUUCUAACGAAUUUUCCAGUCUGGAUGAUUACAUCGUUUAUGAAUACAUUGGCCGCAGUAAACCAAUGUCAGUUUCUGAUGAACUUUACGCAAACACGGAACGAAUAUCGUACAAUGAUUCGGCGCUUCGUCUGACGGAAAAGUACUGCUUGGUAUAUGUAGCACAACGAGGAGAUAUCGUAGAAAUUUUGGGUGUAAGUCCGGAAUUUGCGGGCCCUCGUAGAUCAGUCGAAUGACGCGAUUCAUCUACAUAAGUUUUAUAACGAAGAAUCAAUUUACUUAAAAAAAAAAAAAAAAAAAGUUUGCACAUGAACGGUAAUCGU